UUCAACUCUCAAACAUCAUUAGCCCCAAAUAAAGUUGUCUGAAAAUAGUGAGUACUUAAGAAAAAGCAAUGGAGGCAAAGCUGUAACGUCAAGUUACUCUGACGACGCAGUUACCCAAAGCAAAGUUAAUGGGUUCUUCUUUCGAGAAAUUUCCAUUACUCUCUUUGCUCUCUCCGUUCCAUCCCCAUUAAAUUAAAUUACUCUUCUCUUUCCUCUUUCAUUUCAAUCAAAGCGACUGUCUCCCACUCUCUUCUUUCACCAAAAUUUUCUUCUUUCCCAUCUGAAGAUUAUGUGUGAAUCACAAAAAGGACAAGCUACGGAAGGUAAAAGUACUGCAGGUAGCAAAAUUCAUGAUAAAAAUAAUGGUGAGGGGGAAUCUGCAGCCCUGCAGUUGGAAGGGGAGGUCUCGCGAGGAGAUUUAAUAUGGGUCAAACUCCAUGGAAACUCAUGGUGGCCAGCACUGGUUAUUGAUGAAAACAGUGUUAGUGAGAGCAGUAAACCUGGAAAUAGAUCACAGGGGGAGGUGCUUGUGCGUCUAUAUGGGAGCCAUGAGUACUUAUAUGCAGACCCUAUGAAAUAUUAUUCUGAGUUUAAAAUAAUUCUAGAACAGAAUAAUGGUAGUUGCUAUGACAUUCUUGACAAAGCUUUGGAGCAGGAUUGCUCUCACAGGAAAUCUAUUAAACCAAAGGGGCAAGGAUCUAAAUCUGCUGCAAAUAGAAGAGCUGAUGCUUCUAAGGACAAGAAGAAACUAAAACCAAAUAGUCUACAUGCUGAAGAGAAUGCCAGAAUCAAGAAUCCCAGGCGAAAUGGAUCAAAUGUUUUGGAUAAAGCUAGGAGCGGGACUUCUGAGCAAGAUGAGAUUCAGAAGAAACUCAAGCGAAAGAGCCCAAGUACUGAUAAACAAGCUAAGAAUAAAGCCAAUGAGCCAGAGAGGGUGCAAAAGAAGCAGAAGAAAAAUAACCAAAUUGUGGAGAAAAUGGAGCCAAAUAGUAGAAGUGCCAAGGAAGCUAUUAAGCAAAUUGCGGUGCAGAAGAAAACGCCUAAAAGUUCUACUUCAAAGGAACAAAAAAGGGGCAAAACUUCGAAGCAAGGUGAGGAGCAGAAAAAGGUCAAGCCAGAUAGCCCAAGCUCCCAUGGCAAAAAGAGUAGAACUUCUAAACAACAUAAGCUGUCAAAGGAACAGACUAAUAGCCAAAGCUCUGAAAUAUCUUCACCAGAAAACUCUCCCAAAUCAAGUGCCCGAAGAAUGAGAGUAAUGCAAGGUCUUGGUUUGACUGCUCCUCCUGGUUCACCAUUCCAAAAGAAUUGACUCAUGUAACCAAGUUUGUCGAAGCAAGUUGCAUGAAAUUUUGUCGCAUGGCAUGCCUACUGUUACAGUCAUUUUGUGAUGACACAAUUACAUGGCUAUAAAGUAGACAAUGCAGAUUUACAAUGGUAGCAGCUUCCCUCACUGAAAUCCUAGAAUCUGUUGUAAAAUACUAAGCAUUUUCCUGAAGUUCAUCAUAUUUGCUGUCAAUUCCAUUGGAACUUUUAAGAAAAUUUACUUUCGGAUGAAAUGGGUUUGGGCAACAAUUGCGAAUAUGCCACCCAUAAUUGCAAUUAGAGCAAAGAUGCUUGAUCUUCUAAAGACUUAAAAACUUUCCAGCUAAUAGUAAAAGUUUCCAUAGAU